AUGAAAGAAGUUUUACAGUUGGAGCAGAUGGCAGAGGAAAAGACUAUGGAAGGUAUCUUACUUCCAUCCACAGCUCAAUCAAAACCUCAAGGAGGUAAAGUCGUUGCUGUGGAAUUCAACAAUGUGAAGCAGCUCAUUCUCAAGGAAAAUGAUAUCGUUGACCUUCUUGAGUCAGAUGACAUCAAAGAUAAGCCCUUGAAUGACCCAGUUUUCAGUAUUAAACGUGAGCAAGAGGUGGUGGUCAUGACUGGAGAGAGGCGUUAG